GUCGGCCGUUAUCUCGUCCAGCUGCCACGGGGCGCCCUCAGCGCGCACGACGACGCGCUGCGGCGCGCAGGCAUCCGGGUGCGGCGUGGCGGAGCUGUCCUCGGCGCGGGCGGGAAGGCCAGCCUCGGCCCGCUCUCUCCUGCGCGGCGGAAGCCGCCGAGCAGCAGCCCGCGUCUCGACGCCAUCACCCUGCAGGAGCAGCUCGAGCGCGCGCUGCGCGAGCGGCAAGCGCGCCCAACCGGCAUCUGCCCCGUCCGCGAGGCGCUGCAUGGCGCAUUGCUCGAGGAGCUGGCCGGUACCAUUGCGCGCGACGAGCCCCGUCGGGGGACGCUGCUGCGGCGCGUCGCCGGCGAGGCGCGCAUGACCAUUGACGCCUACCGUACCGUCUACGAAAAGUCGCUCCUCUUCGGGGCCUCCAAGCUCUCCGAGGCCGCCGCGCUCAAGGGCAACCUCGAGGGCCGGAUCGCGGAGCUGCAGGCGGAGACGGCGAGCUUGGCCGACGAGGUGCGAUCGCUCACCGACCUGUGCGAGUCGCUGGAGCAUCGCGCGCAGCGGGCCGAGGCGCAGGCGGAGGCCGAGACGCACGACGCAUCCGCACUCCGAGCGGAGGGGGAGCAGCUCCAGGGACUGCUCGACGCGCUGCGGCCGGGCUGA